CACCACUUGAGGUUUUAGCAACCCGUUUUUCUUUCUCUUUAAAUAAUAGAGAAGGGUUUAAUUUUCUUGGUUUUCUUUAGCAAGAAAGUAAGCUAGCUAGCUAUCUUGUGGGUCUGCUUCUGUAAUGGAGUGAACACAGUUUCAAUGAUCUCUAUGGUACCACUCACAUGCACUAGUCCAGCUAGCUUUUUAUCUCUCUUCCAGAUUGCCUAAACGUAACUCGAAAGCAAAAAUCAAACUGAUCAGAGCAAGCAAAAGCUGCAAAAACACAAGCAUUCUUGUUGUUUUCGCAAAGGGUACUAUACCCAAUUCCUUUAUAUAACAUAUAUCAAUCCACUGACCUCUAGCUAGGUCUCAUACCCUUUUUUCAAUUCUUGCCUAUCUAGCUAUAGUGCAAUGGGUACAAUCCCGUAUGAUUCUGAUGGCAUCACAAAUCAAUUUGAUAUGAUUUGGCAAGUAUUGAAAGUACCAAUAAUCAUACCAGCAUUGAAAUUAUUGGUGAUAAUGUGCUUAGUAAUGUCAAUAAUGCUCUUCAUUGAAAGGGUGUAUAUGGGCUUUGUUAUAGUUUUUGUGAAGUUGUUAGCGAGGAAAGCUAGCAAGAGGUACAAAUGGGAGCCCAUGAAGGAUGAUAUUGAACUUGGAAAUUCUUCUUAUCCAAUGGUUCUAGUUCAAAUUCCAAUGUACAAUGAAAAGGAGGUUUAUCAACUGUCAAUAGGAGCUGCAUGUGGGCUUUCCUGGCCGUCUGAUCGAAUCAUAAUCCAAGUACUUGAUGAUUCAACUGACGCUGGCAUUAAGAGCUUGGUGGAAAUAGAAUGCCAGAGAUGGGCAAGCAAAGGCAUAAAUAUAAAGUACGAGAUAAGGGACAACAGAAAUGGGUACAAGGCGGGAGCUCUUAAAGAAGGAAUGAAACACAGCUAUGUGAAACAUUGUGACUAUGUAGCCAUUUUUGAUGCUGACUUCCAGCCUGAGCCUGACUUCCUUUGGCGUACCAUUCCUUUUCUUCUCCACAAUCCUCAGAUUGCUCUUGUUCAAGCUCGCUGGAAAUUUGUUAAUGCUGAUGAAUGCUUAAUGACAAGGAUGCAAGAAAUGUCACUGGAUUACCAUUUCACAGUGGAGCAAGAAGUGGGCUCUUCGACCUAUGCCUUCUUUGGAUUCAAUGGAACUGCUGGUGUAUGGAGAAUUUCAGCUCUCAAUGAAGCAGGAGGAUGGAAGGAUAGAACAACUGUGGAAGAUAUGGAUUUGGCUGUCAGGGCAAGUCUAAAAGGCUGGAAAUUCGUUUAUAUUUCUGACCUCAAGGUGAAAAAUGAAUUACCAAGCACAUUCAAAGCGUACAGAUACCAGCAACAUAGAUGGUCUUGUGGCCCUGCAAAUCUCUUCAAGAAAAUGGCGAUGGAAAUAGUAAGAAACAAGAAAGUGUCAAUGUGGAAGAAGUUUUAUGUGAUCUACAGCUUCUUCUUCGUUCGAAAGAUCGUAGCUCAUAUCGUUACAUUCCUAUUUUAUUGUGUUGUUUUGCCAGCAACUGUUUUGGUUCCUGAAGUAGAAGUUCCCAAGUGGGGAUCUGUCUAUAUUCCUUCUACUAUUACACUGCUUAAUGCUGUUGGAACUCCAAGAUCACUGCAUCUACUGAUUUUCUGGGUUCUCUUUGAGAAUGUCAUAUCUCUGCACAGAACCAAGGCCACAUUUAUCGGUUUGUUGGAGGCAGGAAGAGUGAAUGAAUGGGUUGUCACUGAAAAACUUGGAGAUGCUCUCAAGAUUAAAUCAACUGCCAAAGCUCCCAAGAAACCUAGCUUCAGGAUUGGAGAAAGAAUGCACUUGCUAGAGCUUGGAGUUGGAGCCUAUCUCUUCUUUUGUGGUUGCUAUGAUUAUGCCUUUGGAAAGAAUAGUUACUUCAUAUACCUAUUCCUCCAAUCAAUGGCCUUCUUCAUUGCAGGAAUUGGCUAUGUUGGGACCUUCGUUCCCAGCUUUUAGCCAAAAGCCUUGGCCAAGAAUGAUUACACAAUUUUUUGGGAGCCUUUCCCUUUUUCUUUUAAUUAUAUAGUCCUUUCCUCCAAGAAACUAUAGUCCUCUAGUUCCUUUGGGAGCCUUUCCCUUUUUCUUUUAAUUAUAUACACAAUUUUUUUUUUUCAAUUGUUGAGAGAGUAUAUUCUGGUCAUUCUUUAAUAUUGAACAUAAGCAAAAUUCUAUAAAAGGAACAAUUAUUUUUUUGUUGUUGUUUUUAAAGUAGAGAAUUUAAGAGGUGAAGCUGUAAUUUAGUGUACGUAAAAUGGGAUUUAUCCAAAGUAAAUGAUGUAGACAAAUAUAUUAUAUGGGUUGUUUGGAAAUAGGGAAUUGGAAUUUUUUUUUUUCUUGGAAAUAAAAGUGAAAGGUGAAAAGGAUGCUUAUAUUGAAAUCAGAA